CGCCCUCCUGCCCGCCUAUUGGCUCAUAGCCAUCCGCCCUUCUACUUUCAUUCUUCUUUCCCCAGGGCACGCUGUCUAAUUGAAUCGUUGCGACUCGUUUGAACCCCAUAUCACGUCGUUCACCUUGUAUCACUUCCUCUUGUUGCUCGCAAAUCGCACAUCGCAAUACACAACAUCGCUUACAUCAUCAUCACCCAUCACUGUCAGGAACAGGAAGGUCGAGCACAUAUCAAUCACCACAUCCAGCGAUGCCCGUACAAUUACUGCCGGCCUCGGCCGCCGCAUUCGCACCUCGAUCCGGCCCUGAAAUCGUUCUCAACACCAAAGUCGAGCCGUGGCUAACGCAAACGUUGAAGCGUAUCAAUCGCAUCAAGCGACCCCUCAACAGUGUACCACAGCAUUUUCGAUGUCUGACCGAAACCCUGGGAGGCUCCUCUGCCAUAUGGUCGCUGGCAUCGCUGAUGCUUCCCAAAGCGCCCGAUUCAGAGCUGCGCAAAGACGAUGACCCGCUGGUGGAAGCUUUGUUCAACUUCCAGCUGCUUCACAUUGAAGCCUACGUGGUCCACGUCGACAUGGUUUCACAGCACGAAGUGGCCUUCAAGCUGACCCCCGAGACCAUUGACGCACUGAUCGAAUAUCACAAGGACAUCUACUCGGUAGACUCGGCAGCGAGCACCUGGAGCUGGCCCGAGAAGGAAGCGCAAGUCAAGAAGAUGCAAGACGAAUUCGUCCAGGCCGCGAACAGAUUCGUGUUCCGCACGGGAGUCCGCGCUCUCGAGGGUAUGGAGGAAGACGGAGCCGGCGAGCUUCUGGACGGCCGAUCAGUGGAAGUCCAGAGCGCCAUCAUGAACAUGUUUGCUCCACUACUGCCACCUCCUCCACGGAUCGUGGAUGUCAUUCAUCCCGCUCCGAUGGUCCCCGCGGUGCCGAUAUCAGGUGGAUGGUGGGCGCCCCAAGGCCCUCAACAACUGCCGCUCCAAACGCUCCCAUCGCCUGUCGAUUCGUGGAAAGUGCUCAUGUCGACCCCUUCUCCUACGGCGACGCCAUGUAGUGACAACCAGUCGAAUGUUUUCUGGCAAGAUAUGUCGAUGAGCAACGUGCAGCUGCCGUCUCCGACACCGUCUUUCAGCCAGCCGUACACGUCGGCGCCAUCGCAGUACUACAGCUCGCCGGAGCCAAUCGCGCCCGUCCCCGUCUCGAAUCCAUUUCCCCUACACUGUGGCUCGGACAUGGGCUAUGGCUAUGGCGACUUUGGCUACAAUCACGGAGGCUUCAUGCAGACCCAGUACGCCACCGCUGUCUGAGCUCUCACGUUUGCAUCCACGACCAGAGUCUAUCGGGCAUUGCGGCCACAUCCGGAAUCAUGUCACUACUCCCGAAGCCUGAUGCGCACAGGACUUCUCGACACGCGACCCACGAUUUACACCUAAUGCGAUGCGAUAUAAACGAUACCCGAUGUUGAUCAUCAACGAGAUACCAUCAUCACCACCAACAACAACAAGCCAUGUGAACGGCGUAUAUGCAAGCGAAUUGUUUCAUUCUUUGAGAUCUGGCACCUUAGCAAGCGAGCGACCUGUUUUCGAGUCUUUCUGUUUCUUUCCGUUUCUUAUCUUUUCUUUUUUUGGGGGUUGGCCAUCGGAUGACCGGUGGGACCAGCAUUUUAUCUCGGGAGGCAUGCACUGCAAAGAGGGUAGCAUAGACCUCACGGUCAACCCAGGAGGAAGGGCUAUGGGUGAAAUGAAUGCAUGUUGGAAAGGGCUGGAUGGGUGCAAUGGGACCAUGGAACUGGACUUUCCCCUCUACUUCUGCGACGCGUACACGAUUGUGACGACAUCUGGAAUGCCGCGAUUUUCGACUCUAUUCGACUUUCGAUUCUCUUUUCAUGCCGUUGCGGACAUUGCAAAGCCCGGAAGCCCAUCGUACACUCCGGACAUGACAUCGCGCAAGCGGUGUGCAGUCAGCGGAUACGGUGUGGUGAUGACGGCUCGCGAUGAUCUGCUCGCCGAGGAAGCACGUCGAUACUGGUGAUCGAUGGACUUUGUCUUGACGACAGGCUAUUUUUCUUUUCCUGAGCGCCCGAGCAUUGGACAUGUCUCGAGCCUCGCCUAAUAUGACCGGCUGUACUCUACCUUGCCACAAACAACAUCACGAAAAAGGGGAACGGACAAUAAAUUCCCAGAAACCACACAACCCGAGAUUUUCUGGAGUGCGAUUCAGUUCGUUACUCGACCAGCGCCAACCUGUGGUACGCGCUGAGACUCCGAAGCUUGUUUCCGAUAGCUAGUCUGGAGGAGGUAGACCUGCUUCGAGUGGUUCGUCGUCUGUUUCUGGAAUUGUUGUCCUUUUUUUUUCUCUGCGUGUGUCAUGGGGAGCAGAUGGGGUCGCCUUGACUGGCAGACCUUCCAUGGCUUUCCAUGUGUGGGAUGGAUGGAUAUAUGCUGGUCAGAACCAUAGUGAUCAUUCUACUAUGUCUACCUGUUUGUGUAUAACUGGCUUAUACACUAUGGCAGGGUAGAGGUCUCGGCCGUGCUUUGAAUAUGAGCGCGCGCGCGAAGAUAAGUGAAUGCUGGUUUGCUGCUUGAUUAUUACUGCUAGACAGUAAAAGAAAAUAGUUUGUAGCAAAGAAACAAUUGUG